AUGCCAGUUUUCCCGGGGGUCCUAUUGAGCCCACUGCUGCUACUAAUGAUCGUAGACGGCAGCUGGGCCUUCAAUGCCCGCCAAACAGAAUGCGCAUUUCCAGUGAGAUGGGAGGGCACUUGGUUCCAGAGUGGUGUGAGACAACCAAUUCUCAUAUCCAAGAAUACGCUUUCAAACAAGGGCAAGUGUUUGAGGAACGAGGGCGACAAGUUUCUCGUAGUGGACGAAAAAUCGUGUUACAGAUGUGUUGUCAUACACGAAAAGCACGCCAAUGUUUUGCAGUACAAAGAGACAUUCUGUCAUCCGAGAAACUCCUUAGCACUGCUGUGUUCAUACAUAACCGGUGACGCUUUACUGUACUCAAUGUUUCGUGAAGAAGCAACGGCAGUGCCUUGUCCGUUCCGUGGCCCAAUGACAUUCAUGUAUAAUCGCGGCCACGGCACUUGUUCUAAUCCACUGAGCAAUGUGGACACCUGUACAGACGAUAGUAGAUUACUAUUUAGGUAUCAGGCUUGUCCGGAUGUACCUGCUUCAGAAAGUGCAGUGGAGGAACUGGAGUGCCUGGCAACGUGGAAGGAGGGUAGCAGUCGUUACCUAGUCGGUCGUUUGCAUCAUGGCCACGCAUCAAGUAAUGAGGAGCGUUAUAGGUGCUUCGUUUACGAACGGGCAGGACAAAGUGUAGGAGGUAUGGGCAGAGCUGUUCUCGGAAUGGCGACCAUCGACCACGAGGUUGGGAUGCCACCGAGUGGACCACUACCAGAGGGUACACCCGAAGUUUAUCGAGUCGCCCAGAGUGGUGAUGCUACCUGCAAUGGCCUCUUCAGUCCCAUGGAGGGAUCACGUACAAUGACCUUGACCAAAGCUUCAUCGCCGGGGAAAUGCCGAUUUCCAGGAUGGUUAACUGGUCACAAUAACAAUGGCCUCACGUGGCAUACUCUGGAUCUUACAAGAUCGUACACAUUUCAUCCGAGGAAUGCAAGUUUACAUGUAACAAGGUCGAAUGCCACUAGAUACGACAUGGCAUUCCUAGACUUUCAGGAUAUCAUUGAUGGCCAGGAGGAACAGGAGAUCAAGAUACUCUGUAACAGUAUUAAACAGAUGAAUCCAACGCAAACUACGACGAUGAUUGUUGCACAUUUUACUGUUGGAUGUCGGAGUGGAUUCAUGUGUAUGACCUUCUAUAGACGAGAUGGUCAUGUAGUAGAAGUGCAAACUGGCAGGCAAGUGUCCAGGGUUGAAGACGCCUGCAGUGCGCCGCAUUCUCAAUCUCACAGCAUUCCCUACCUCACAUUAGUCACGAGUUCACCUGAGCCACGCCAGUGCCCUUACCUCGGUAAAUUUACAGUGACUGGUGUAAAUCGAAACCCACGUAACAUCCGUGAAAAUCGUCGCCAGUCAAGUGAUAAGAGCGAUGAAAUGCGGGUUAGACAUUCUGACGAUCGUAGAGGACAUAAAUUUGACUUUGAUGUUGAAAAAAAGAAGGCAAACAAUGAGUAUUUGAUACACGAAAGACCAGGUAGACGAGUAAGAUCAGACAGAAUGAGCCGAGCACACGACCCAAAGGUUGUGAGAAGAACGAGAAGAAAAUCAAGAUCAGAGGUUCUUGAUGGGGUAAAGAGAACUCCGAGAAGCACAAAAAUUGAGGACUUUCACAUUGACGCUGAGGAACUGGGAAAACUCGGUGAGUUUUCGGACUUGGAGGAUGUAUCGAGUAUGGUUCAAGUACAGGAUGAAUACUUUGGUGAUUACGAGAUGGAAAAACCUGAGAAAAGAUCGAAUUAUCUGACUUAUGAGGAUCUUUUGACGUUUAGGAGAGAUGUUGAAAAUGACAAAUAUGCUGAUGAGUUUAGUGAAAAGAGGGAAAAAAGAGAGGAAGAGGAUUCAAGAUGUACGUCGGAGGUGACCACUUUGAAUAUCGGUUGCUCAACAGCUGAUCGCAUGGAGUUUCAAAGUGACUGUGUUGAUGAGAACAACGCUAUUACCGCUUAUUCGUGUCACGGAAGAUGGUUUGAUGCUGAGGGUACGCAAUUUGUGAUAGCAACCCCACUGGCGCGCAGAACCUUAUGGUCAAAUAGUAACAAUGAGCCCCAGGCAUUUCGUAACAGCAGAAGAUUGUGCUUCAUGUAUCGUGAAAGUGGUGGUGUCGUUAGUCUGACUGCAAGUACAAUCGCGUGUCAGAGAGAAAUUCCACCACCUCCACCAAUGUUGGCAUUCAAUGCUACCAGUAUCGGGCAAUGCAUGGAGGACAAUGGCAGUCGCAGUAUUCAACCCUCUCAUUUCCUCGUCAUUAUUUUCAUCUCACUGCUAAUUCAGGUGCUAAGAUGAUUCUGAUAGUCAUCCUGAUAUGGAAUAAUCUUCCCCUAAAUAAAACUAAAAACAAUUCUUUGAAUAAAUUAUGAACAACAUAACAGCAAUGCACUUGCAACAGCAGUGCUGCGAAGUGACUUUUUCUAUCCAAAUUUAAUGAUAAAGUCGCCACAAAUGAAUUAACAACAAAUUUUUUUAUAAUGACGAAAAUUUAAGAAAAGCUUGAAAAAAAAAUUAGUUCAUAUCAAGGCGCGUGACAAAAUCGAAAAAAAUCGUUUAAAAACUGAGAAUGAUUUCCCAUGGAUUGAAUGAAUGAAGGAUAAUGAAACAAGAGCGGAAAAUAUGUGCAGAAAUACGGAAAAAUGUCGUGCGCACAGCUGUUAAUGUUUUAACAGUAGAAUUGUAGAUAAAAAACUAACUCUAAAAGCGAAAGAAAUAAUAAUACUAAUUAAUAAUAAUAAUAAUAAUAAUAAUAAUACUAACAAUGAAGAAUAUAAAACGUGUACAGUAUUAUGUAUGCGUUGAAUUGUAUUUAAGGAGAAUGUGAUUAAAUGCAAUACAACUUCUGAGACGUGAAAAUAAUUCAAUGUGACGAGGACUCUUCUUCAGAAGAAUGGAAAAGGCAAAGAGGAAUGGAAGAAGAUGAGUGGAAGGAAGGAGAAAAGUGGAGUUGGGGAAGAGGGACAAAAAAUAAUUGAAGGAACAAAGUAUUAUUCUGAAGAGAUAAGGUAGCAAAUAAAGUGAGGAUUCUGGGUGAUGAGGGGCACGAAUAUGUAAAUUGCUGUAACUGUGAUCAAUUAUAUUGCGCAAAUGGAAAAAUUAAUAAACAUGUUAACAUCGUUAGAAUUUAUUUCGCCUUAGACAAUUCAAAUUGCUAACAGAAGAAAUAAAAAUUAAAUUUUUUAUAAAAUUUUGAAUCAUUUGAAUAAAAAAACAAAAUUUGAUUUUAUCAAAAUAGUAUUCCUUUCAUUACUCUUCCUUCAUCAUCGGCAUGACUUGAAUGGAAUUAUCGAACAGUUGAACUUCAUUCAAUUUUUACAUUCAUCGAUUUUCAUGUAGUCAAAUAAUUUUUGUUCACUGAUGCAACGAUUUUAAUAAAAUAGACAAGCAAAUAAUGACAGUUUUUUACAUGUAGAAGAAUGGAGCAAUAAUUCAUCAGAAAGUUGUGAUGACAGUGAGCUAACAAAAUGGUUAAAUAUCGAUUUAAUUAAUUUGCGGAGAGGGCAAAAAUGAGAAAACAAGUGUGUAAACGGGAAGGAUUGAGGAGGAUUUGCGAGGAUAUUAUUGUAACUUAUACAGAGUCUAUAUUGUAUUAUUAUCUUGUAUCUUUAUAAUAAGUAGGUGGUAGAAAAUCAAUCUUAACGGAUGUGAAUACUGCUGAGGGUUGUAUAGAAAAAAAAGUCAAGAAAAUCAAGAGUUUUUUAAUGCCAAACAGAGUGAAAACAUUUUUUACCAUUUUAUCCGCAUGAUUCACUGAAUUAUCCUUCUAUAUAAUGAGAAAAUAGUCAGCAGGAAACUCUGGUUGCAAACACUGUGAAUUAUCGAAUUUUUCUUCAAUAUGCCUUAUUACCCCUCUAAAUAUUUGAGCAAAAAACAUCCGCACUCGAGUGAAAAAGUCUCAUAUCUCGACAACUUUUAAACUAAAACCGGCUCGCCUUCAGUGUUUACAAUCGGCAAGCUUCCUAGCAAUUUACCUAUCCAAUACCCCCCUCCCCCGAUCCUUAAACUCAAUAAGCCUCCCCGAAUGUGAUAAUUUCAGUAGCAAAGUGGUUAAACUGAGUCAACUUGAUAUCAAGGUGCAUUCUUGAUAGUUGUCUUGGAAUAUAAUGGAAAUAAAUGAAUUUUAUAGAAACCUUGGUUUUAGAGGGAAUCGGAAGCUAUAAACAAAAUUUGCAGGGCAAAGUGAAGCGUUUGUUAUCCACUCAAAAUCCCAAUAUCUCUAUUUGUAAAAGAUGAUAUCAAGAACUAAAGUAGAUCGCAAACAUUCCACUUCACUCUACUCUCCCGUAUGCAAACUCCGUCAACUCGUCUCAGUUCAAAUUAGGAUAGCGAUUCAAACCAUUACUCCACUCUACUACUGACUCCUAAAAAGCGAAUUUUUUAACGCACAAUUAUCUAACCAUCUCCAUAAACCCUGAGUUAACACAAAAAAUAGGAUUAACGUGUAAUAAAUUGCAUAAUUAGUCAUGUAAUUAGGUAACGAUGUAUAGAACGAGGAAAAAAAUAGAUUUUAAUAUUAAGAAUUUUCUAAAUCAACAGAAACGUAAUAAGCUCAUUGUGACAGCAAUCAGAGGAUUAUUACUUGUGGUCACAAGGAUUUUGAAAAAAUUGUAAAUGAUUCACACCCCUCUCUUCUUUUUCAAGGUAUAAUGAUAGUGAAAUUCUAUUAUCCUCGAUUCACUGCCCCAUGAUAAAAUAACAGAGGGAAAUACCAGAAUCCGAAUCUCCAAUUCAAAUCAACGAUAAUUAGGUAUCCAAAACGUCAACAAACAUCGUUACAAGCAGAUCCCGCUUGCUGUACUAUCCCUUGGGAUUUGGGAAACAUAAUGCAUUCGUUUUAAUGAGAUUGAUGCAAUCAGUGAAUACAUUUAAUUUUGCCAGUCAAUAGCGAACGGUGAAUUUCAGUGGUUUUAACGAUUUUUGGUGAACUCACAGAAUUGUCAUAAGUGGGAUCAGAUUGGUAGUGCAAUUAUUUCGAUGGGUGAUUUAUGAGAGUUUGUAAUCCAGUGUGGAGAGUGAAAUGAGAAGAAUGAGAUGAUUUACUCUUUCACGUAUGGGGUCAAUAUGAUGUAUCGACCUUUGCAAAUGUCAACGUCUACUUUUAAAAUUCAUUAUUUACAAAUCUAUGAAAAAUAUCGUGACCAAACGAACAAAAUUGGAAAUCACAAUACCGUAGCUUCAAUUAGAUUCGAGUCCUAGUCAGCGCACACUAUGCUUGAUAGUGGAAGGACCUAGUUCGUGAGGGACUAAGUGGUGAUGAGUGGAGGGGGCGAUGAAAUUUUCGAUGUGAAUAGAUUAAGAAAAGUUUUCUUCGGGGAUAUAUUUCUUUGAAAGAAUUUAAUUGGAAAAAAAUCCUCUUCGUAUUUCUACAGUGUCAUAUUGAGGUCUGAAACUUCUGUGUUUCCAAUGACGAAAGUUUGAUUUUCCGAAUCCAAAUUUUUGUAUUUGAGAAUUUUUUUAAUCCACUAGAUCAAAAAUCCGGCGCGUUCACAUUGACAUGAAUUCUUCAUGAGAAGAUGAAGGAAUCCUUGAGAAAUGAAUUAUCAAUACGAUAUGGAUACGAAACGAUAUGAAACAAUGUUCAUGAAAUAUGUGAUAUGGAUACGAUAUAGAUACGACAUGAAUAGAGAAAAAUAUGUUUGAAUACAGUGAAAAUGAAUUCUUAUUCUCGCAUCCUUAACGGGAACAUAUUUUGAAGGUAAUAAAUACAGUCAGUGCAAUACAAAUACUCAGCCAUUCCUCAGGACUCAUCUCCACUGUUUUCUAGGUGAACCAUCUAAAUGAGAAGAGUCAAAAAUAUAAGAGAAAGUAUCGAUUUGACGAGAACGGGUCUAGGGUUUUUAAUUCUUUCAAUUCUGUGAUUAUUUCUAUUAUAUAUUAAUAUCUUUAAAACUCACAGUCUUACAGUGACAUGUCAAGAUCAAGCGUUGGAGAUCGUAGAACCUCACACGGAAUGGGUCUGUUAAGAAUUUUGAUUAAGGCUCUUUCUUUAAAGAUAUUUACAAUAUAGUCUGUAAUUCCCUGAAUUCUGCUCUCACCCUGGGUCCUUCACCGACGUUUUACAGAAAUGGUCACUUUUGCACUGUUGAAUUUGAGAAUAAAGAUAGUUUUGCAAACUGCAUGCAUCAUUUUGAUUCAACGGGAACUCAAUUGAAGAAAAACUUGUUAAACUUUUAUCCAUAAAAAUCGAAUCCACAGAUUGAGAAUUUACAAAACCUCACAGUUUGUAAAUAUUAAAUAUGAAACUCGGAUAAUCCAUUUAAGUUAACGAAUGAGAACAUCAUUCAAAUUUCACCUGUCGAAAUGACUGCCUACGUCAUAGAGAAAAUGAUACUCUCUUGCGAAAUUCCCAACAUGAUAAUUUCACUUGAAUAAAAUUGAGAAUUAAAAAUUAUUGUCGUUGACCUCUAUCGAACCAACCCUAGGAAUGUUUCCAAUUUUAAUCAAUUUCCACUCAAAAAUUCAAAUAUAUGUGCAGAGAGGAUCGGAUGGAAAGGAUUCUCGAAACUCAAUGAGAACUGAAUGUGUAAAAAAACUCACUUCAAAUAGUUUUCAGUUUGAAGAAUGAAGAAUAAAAAAAGCAAAAGAUUAUGGAACAUUACUAAACGAGAAACGAAUUAAUUAAUUGAUGAGAAAAAAUUUAUCCGUGAGUUCAUGAACUGCUCAGUCUAUCGCUUUCUCUUCGUUGGAUUAAAUUACAACUAAAGAUGGAGAGGAAGGAAGGAAAAUGUUUUUGAUUGGAACAAAUAAGGAAAGUAAAUGAGAGAAAUUGAUGGAAAAGCAACUCGAAAACUGAAAAUAACUGUAAAGCAGAUCGGAAGGAAAGAAGUGAAGAGGAAAAUCUUGUAAUCUCUUGAAUGAAUGGUCAAAAGCAAUACUUGAUGUGGUUGCAAGCGAGAAUGUUGUUGAACGAAACGAAAAAUGUGGGAGGAAAUAAAAAAAGAGAUGGGAAGAACAAAUAUGAAAGAAAAAUACGUGUGUAAGCUACC